AUUAUCGAGAACGGUGCGCGUGAUGUGUUUCUCGAGGCGAGACUACAGGAACUGAUGAUCAGGAUCUGUGUUUCCAGGGGACCGAGAAACCCUGUGCACGCGCGUGUGAGCGAAACAAGCGUGUGUUUGUGUGAAACAUUUAUCUGAAAUAUCUGACUGAUCUUCAGGAUUUUACACAGACAUGAGCUCAGAGUGACACCAUGAAGAAGAAGCAGCAGCGUGUGAAGAGAGUCGCUGGAGAUGCUGGCGAUUACACGGUCGGUCAGGUGUCCGGCAGCCUGUUCCCAGAACAACACAAACCUGGAGCUUUAUCCGCUUUAUUCUCCUCCACUUCCUCAGCAAACACUUUAGUCUUCGUUCCUGCGCCGAAAACGGAGCCUAAACCCGCAGCAGCAGCGUCUGAUUCCGCUGAUGCCAAGAGUCCCGGUCAGAUCCACAAACGGAACAAGACUCCGAAGACUCUUUCAGAGGCGGAGAAGAAGCUCCAGGACCGAGAGAGCGCGCUGCAGAACGCAGAUGAUGAAGGACGAACGAGUGCGAAGAAAGUCAAACGCAAGCGUCCGGAUGAGCCGGAAGAAGAGGAGCGACCCGGCAAACGCAAAAAGAACAAAAAGAACAACGCGGAGGAGCGAAUCAAAAUGAAACGGACGGUGUUUGUGGGGAAUCUGCCGGUCAGCUGCACGAAGAAGAAUAUCUUGACCCUGUUCAAGCAGGCUGGAGCCAUCGAGUCGGUCCGCUUCCGUUCAGUGGUUCGUGAAGACCCGACUAUGUCCCGCAAAGUGGCCGCCAUCCAGAGGAAAGUUCAUCCUAAAAAGCAGAAUAUUAAUGCGUACAUUGUCUUCAAAGAGGAAGAGGCGGCGGCUGGAGCUCUGAAAUGGAAUGGUCAGGAGAUCCAGGCGGGUUUCCAUAUCCGAGUGGACCGCGUCUCUCAGCACACCGGACAUGAUCAUAAAAGGUCCAUAUUUGUGGGGAAUUUGCCGUAUGAUAUAUCGGAGCUUCCGGUACGAGAACACUUCCAGGAGUGCGGGAAUGUGGAGGCCGUGCGUUUGGUGCGAGACAGAGAGUCUGGGAUGGGGAAGGGCUUCGGAUACGUCCUGUUUGAGAGCCCAGAUUCAGUGAUGCUGGCAUUGAAACUCAACGGCUCCACAUUACUGGAGCGAAAGAUCAGGGUGAAACGCUCUGUGAAGAAGGAAAAAGAGAAGAAAUCACAUCCAGGUCGUCAGUCAGAAGGAAAAGAGCGAUGGAGAAGAGGAGGAGGAGGAGGAUUCAAAGGUCCAAAGCAGGAGUUCAGAAACAACUCCAUGAUGAAUCCUGGCAGGAAACCAACACAAGCUUCAUCGUUCAAGGGAGAGAUGGCAGAUCCUGCUGCCAAGAGAGGAAAAGGACUGAAAAAGAAGUUUAAGCACAAGAAAAAGAAACCUGCUGUUCACAUUUAAUGCCUGAGCUUUUUUUUUUUUUUUUUUUUACACGUUUAGUGUUCUUAUGUCACAAAUAAAAACGUGAUUAAACAAACUGAUGUUUGUCUCUUUAUAACAACCCAGAUGAUUUAAAUACCAUUUAAUGCAUGAAACUUAUUGUCAUGACCGUGUUAUUCUGUAUGUUGAUGAACUUUAACAUUCUUUAAAUUACAAUUUAGUGCACAAAAAUCGAUUAUUAAUGGAGGCACACGAAUGACUUUGAUUCAUCUGUUUUUAUUUGGAGUUUAAAAAAAAGAGGAAACUCUUCCCUAGUUGAAACAGAGCACCAUUAAACGUGCUUCAUAUCCCACAAUCCCCCAUCAGACAGCCUUUGACAAUAACUUAAAUACAUGAACACAGAUAAACCACAGCAGCUGCUUCAGCAUUAAUCAAUGACAGACAAAAGACACUGUAAACAUCCUGUCUAUGAGCGAUUUAUUUACUGGAUGUUUUUUUUUUUU